GGCCUCGCUCCUUAUAAACAGCGCCGGGAGUUUCCGUUUAAGCACAUUCGGUCGUCAAGAGUUGAACAAUGGUUAACAUGAGCUAUCACCCAUUUUCACUCAAAUAUCUACAUUCGAACCAGCGACAGUCGAGACGGCGAACGAAUAAAAGGAAAAGGAUUUGUCGGGGCAAAAUAUCUCCAACCGAUUUGCAGACUUGAUUAAGGGAGUCCGAAAGGUCCCGAGUGAAGCGUGUGGCCGAGUGUGGAGUGCGUUGCGAGUUGACUGGCGAGAUGACUGCCGAGUGGCUGCACCUGCCCCCGCCGUACCCCCCCGGCGUGGGGCCGCUGUGUGGCGCAGAGUUGGAGGCGUGGUAUGAGGACCUGCAGGAUAUCCUGGGCUCGGACGCGGGAGGGGCAAAGCUGGCGCGCGCCCCCUCGUGCGGCGAGAAGGAGCCCGAGUUCCUGGAUGUUCUGGAGAGUUGCUCCCUGACGUGGCUGACAGAGGGAGGUCACACGUGGGGAGAGGGCAUUCAGAGGGCGACAGAGCAGAUUCACAACGCCCAGCCUCUGCAUCACACCUCCUCGUCCUCCUCCUCCUCCUCCAGCUUGACUCCGACAGAAGAGCGGAAAACGGAGGCGAACGCGAGGAGCGGUGACGGCGACCUUCUUCCUCCUGAGUUCUUUGAGUUCCUGAGUGAAGGAGGAAUGGUGGAUUCAAGCAGUGGUUGUUAUUACCAUCAUCAUCACCACCACCAGCAGCAGCAGCAGGUUCACAACAUCCAUCCAGCGUCCCCAUCAGCCAGCGAGGAAGAGUUGCCCUGCGUCCCCGAUUCGCCGUCCUGCUCGUCAUCCUCCGCCUCGCAGUCGCCUUCCAGGCGCUGCUCGUCUCCGUUGUCGCCCGUCUCGUCGCCGUCCAUCUACUCGCCUUCCCGCCCCGGCAAGCGACGGAGAAGCGAGGGACCCGAUGGCGCCACGUCGUCUCCGGGCGCCUCAGUCGCCCAGUCGCAGCAGCGCGCAUCCUCCUCAUCCUCGUCAUAUUUGUCCGCCAAAAAGAGUCGGAAGGAGAGGGAGCAGGAGAAUGAGAAGAAAGUGCAGGAGCUGACGGAGCAGAACGAGCGCUUGAAAGCGGAAAUCGAAAGGUUGGGUGAGGAGGUGCAGCGUACGCGGCGAGCCCUCAUCGAGAGACUUGUCAACACCAGGAAAUGAGCUCAGAGAACGACAAGAAGCGGCGGUGAGGAAAUAAAUGGUCUGUGUGUGUCCUAAGACCAGAAGGUAUGAAAACCAAAGAGAAUUGAAGAUGUUUGGAAAAGAUGAUGAAAGUCAAGGCAGAGUUGAAAGAAAAGCUGCAACAUCACUGCAGCAAACUAGAAAGACUCAGCAUGUGAAACGGAAAAGAACAGGAAGCUCUUAAUUGCAUAUCAUACAGUGGUCGCAAGGUUUGGAACAUGAAGUUACCCCACCAUUAGGAAGGAUGAUUUGAUGAUUUGUACGUUGGAAAGAAAGGAAUUGAGUUGAGGGCAUUUUGUUGUCGUGUUUUCCCGCCAUUUUGCAAUACGCUAACUCCUCGUAAAAGGGCUGCAAUUUGGCUAGCAGAGAUUAUUUGCCCCAAUUUGUGGACAGAAGGAGCUCAGGAACGUUUUGAAUGUGUCCCCUCGCUUUGAGAGUACAACUAUUUUUUUUUGCUUUUUCUAUAAGCCUUUGCAUGUACGUAUAGUUAAUACAGCAGGUUGCCCCUGACUAAUAUUUCUACAGGUUACCUUUUUUUUUUUUUUUUUUUUAUUCAAUGCGGGACUUGUGGUAUACAUCCACUUGAUAUUUUUAUAUAACUGCAAUAACAUUUACUGUAUACAUUUGUACUUUCUUAAUCAAGUCAUCAAUUAUUAAUUAUACAUGAAUAUGCAUGUUUUUUAAAAAUCAUUAAUGAGAUUCAUGUUUGUUAACAUUUCUUAUAUCUGUCACUGUAACCCCAAAUUUGCAAUAAAAGAAUUGAUUUUC